GCGGCGGGCCGGGAGCCGCCGCCAUGCGCCGUCGGGGGCCGGCCUGCUGGGUGCUGCUGCUGGCGCUGGGGCUCUGCCGCGUGCCCGGGGCGCGCCCCCGGAACGUGCUGCUGAUCCUCGCGGACGAUGGGGGCUUCGAGAGCGGCACUUACAACAACAGCGCCAUCGCCACCCCUCACCUGGAUGCCCUGGCCCGCCGCAGCCUGGUCUUCCGCAAUGCCUUCACCUCCGUCAGCAGCUGCUCUCCCAGCCGCGCCAGUCUGCUCACUGGCCUGCCCCAGCAUCAGAACGGGAUGUACGGCUUGCAUCAGGACGUCCACCACUUCAACUCCUUCGACAAGGUGCAGAGUCUGCCGCGGCUGCUCGGCCAGGCCGGCGUUCGCACAGGCAUCAUUGGGAAGAAGCACGUGGGGCCCGAGCCGGUGUACCCGUUUGACUUCGCCUACACGGAGGAGAACGGCUCUGUCCUCCAGGUAGGACGCAACAUCACCAGAAUUAAGCUGCUCGUCCGGAAAUUCCUGCGGACUCAGGAUGACAGGCCCUUCUUCCUCUACGUCGCCUUCCACGACCCCCACCGCUGUGGGCACUCCCAGCCCCAGUACGGGACCUUCUGUGAGAAGUUUGGCAACGGGGACAGCGGCAUGGGGCGGAUCCCAGACUGGACCCCCCAGGCCUACGACCCACAGGACGUGGUGGUGCCCUACUUCGUCCCCGACACUCCCGCAGCCCGAGCUGACCUAGCCGCCCAGUAUACCACCAUCGGCCGCAUGGACCAAGGGGUGGGACUCGUGCUCCAGGAGCUGCAUGAGGCAGGUGUCCUGAAUGACACCCUGGUGAUCUUCACGUCCGACAACGGGAUCCCCUUCCCCAGCGGCAGGACCAACCUGUACUGGCCGGGCACCGCCGAACCCUUGCUGGUGUCGUCCCCGGAGCACACGAAACGCUGGGGCCAGGUCAGCGAGGCCUACGUGAGCCUCCUAGACCUCACGCCCACCAUCUUGGAUUGGUUCUCCGUCCCUUACCCGAGCUACCCCAUCUUUGGCUCGAAGACCGUCCGGCUCACCGGCCGGUCCCUCCUGCCGGCGCUGGAGGCAGAGCCCCUCUGGAGCACCGUCUUUGGCAGCCAGAGCCACCACGAGGUCACCAUGGCCUACCCCAUGCGCUCCGUGCACCACCGGGGCUUCCGCCUGGUGCACAACCUGAACUUCAGGAUGCCCUUUCCCAUCGACCAGGACUUCUACGUGUCGCCCACCUUUCAGGACCUCCUGAAUCGCACCGCGGCCGGCCAGCCCACGGGCUGGUACAAGGACCUCCAUCACUACUACUACCGGGACCGUUGGGAGCUCUACGACCUCAGCCAGGACCCCCACGAGACCCGGAACCUGGCCGCUGAUCCACGCUAUGCCCAGGUUCUGGACCUGCUCCAGACCCAGCUGGCCAAGUGGCAGUGGGAGACCCACGACCCCUGGGUGUGUGCUCCCGAUGGUGUCCUGGAGGAGAGGCUCUCUCCCCAGUGCCGGCCGCUCCACAAUGAGCUCUGAGGGUCGCCGGGGGCACGUGGGAGGCCUCCCCACGCCCGGUCCCCACCUUUCCAGCUGAGGCGGAGGGAGGGGCAGCGACCCUCCCGUCUGAGCAGGGCUCUCCCUGAUGCUGGGGUCAUUGCUGCCGCUGCGUGGAGGGGGGAGUGGUGGGGCCUGUGCCCGGCUCCUUCCUCCGCCCGUGGGAGUGGGGACGCGGUCGUCCUGGUGUCCGAGUCAUGUCUCAGCACAGGACUUGCAGGAAGGGGGGCUUGUUUCCUGGGUUCGGCUGGGGACCUGCCAAGAGAAGGCGCUGGGACCUGGGGCUCGAGACCUUCAUUCUUCGGAGCCCACAGACGUCCCCACGCCCUUCACCCGGGAGGAGAUGGGCCUCCGGGUGCCCCGUGGGUGGCGGUGGCCCCAGUCCACACUGUAUGUGGGAACCCAGUGUCUGGCUCGUGUCCAUCCCUGGCCUUGGAAACUCUUCGAAUUGGGGCGCCUGGGUGGCGCAGUCGGUUGAGCGUCCGACUUCAGCCAGGUCACGAUCUUGGGGUCCGUGAGUUCGAGCCCCGCGUCGGGCUCUGGGCUGAUGGCUCGGAGCCUGGAGCCUGUUUCCAAUUCUGUGUCUCCCUCUCUCUCUCUGCCCCUCCCCCGUUCAUGCUCUGUCUCUCUCUGUCCCAAAAAUAAAUAAAAAACGUUGGAAAAAAAAAAAAAAAAA